AUGUAUCGAGAUGUAGAAGCUAUCAAGAAAUACAUUGCGACCUAUUGGAGUGCAGUAGAUUUAAGAUACAGACAAUUAUCAAAUCCAGCCGUGAGAUUAAAUAUUGCUGCUGUUAUUUUAUCAACGGGGAGACAGGAAGUGCCAUUUAUACAGAGUAGUAUAUACGAUCGUAUUAAAAUUGAUGCCGAUAAGGUAUUAAUUGAAACUGGAAAAUAUUUAUUGUCAAAUAAAAUAUUUCGAUUUCGUGACAAUUUUGAUUUGUCCUUAACAAUGACAAGUCGCAACAUGUGCACUAUAGACACAAAUGGCGAUGACUGUUCUACGAUGGGUUACGCCUACGUUUCGAGCGCUUGUUCAGUAAUAAAGUCUGAGGAUAAUUCAUACAAAAUGGUAGAGGGUGUAGGAAUGGUUGAGGACAAUGGGGGGUUUAAAGGAAUUAUGCUCGCUGCUCAUGAACUCGGUCACAUCUUGGGUGUGGAACACGAUGAAGUUGGUAAUUGCAAAUAUCGUUAUGGCAUUGAAGAUGGUUACAUUAUGGAAAAUCAACUCGCAUUUUCUGACAAUUCAUUUGAUUGGUCACCUUGCAGUCUGCGGAAUUUCAGUAUUUUCUUAAACCACGGUAAUGCGACGUGCCUAAGAAAUAAACCAAUAAUUGGUAAUAAAAUAAAUAAUUUUCUACCUGGACAACUUUACUCAUUGGAACAUCAAUGUGAAAAACAUUAUCCAGGAUCGAGACCAUGCAAAGAAGGGACAUUUCUUCGGAAUAUUUGUUUGGAAUUAAAUUGUAUUUUACCAUUUACUAACGAGUGUGUAAGAACUGUACCUGCAGCGGAAGGAUCACCUUGUGGUCUUAAUUCAGGUCAGGGCAAGGAGAAAUGCGGUAAGUCGAAGAGGCCGGCAACUAGAUUUACGAUUGCGAGCAGACUGUACGUAUUCCUCACCGCGGCAGUCAGGUUCCCAGACGUUUACGGACGAACUCCGACCCCUAAGCGAAGACUAACUGGCGCGGUUGGCCAAUAA